CGUACACCCAACCCCGCCAGACAGCGCCAGCGUGCAAGAUGUGCGGCAGGCACCUCCUCCCUCUCCCCCAAGUCCUCCAGAGCCAGAACCGCACUUCCAGCCUGCGCCCGACAUGCUAGGAUUCAAACUCGACGUCCCUAAGAGGGAAGAGAUUACCCUCCGCCCGAUCUACCUCGAUGUGCAGGCUACGGCUCCUAUGGACCCUCGAGUGCUCGACGCCAUGCUCCCGUACUAUACCGACCAGUAUGGGAAUCCGCAUUCGCGCACGCACGCUUAUGGCUGGGAGGCAGAGGCGGCGGUCGAAAAGGCUCGCAAGCACGUAGCGGACCUCAUCGGUGCUGAGGACAAGGAUAUGAUCUUCACUAGCGGGGCGACAGAGAGCAAUAACAUGAUCAUCAAGGGCGUGGCGAGGUUUCACAAGGAGAAGAAGAAUCACAUUAUCACUACCCAGACUGAACACAAGUGCGUUCUGGACUCGUGUCGCAAGCUCCAGGAAGAGGGGUUCGAAGUCACCUACCUCCCCGUGAAGCAGAACGGACUCGUAGACCUCGCCGAACUCGCCCAGGCCAUACGACCCACCACCUCCCUGGUCAGUAUCAUGGCCGUCAACAACGAGACGGGCGUCAUCCAACCGCUGAAGGAGAUCGGCGAGCUGGUAAAGCAGCAUCGUGGCGUGUACUUCCACUCGGACUGCGCACAGGCUGUCGGCAAGAUACCGAUCGAUGUGAACGAGGCGAAGCUGGACUUCGUCAGCAUCUCCGGGCAUAAGAUCUAUGGGCCCAAGGGGGUUGGCGCCGCUUAUGUAAGACGAAGGCCGAGGGUCAGGCUCGAGCCUAUCCUGAGCGGUGGAGGGCAGGAGCGAGGCCUAAGGAGCGGUACGCUCCCAGCGCCUCUUAUCGUAGGGCUGGGAGAGGCAUGCAGGCUCGCACAGCGGGAGAUGGCGGCCGACCACUCACGUGUCUCCGCCCUCUCUCAACGGCUCAUCGACGGGAUCACCUCCCGCGUCACCCAUAUCGUGCGAAACGGCGACCCUGCCGGCUAUCCUGGCUGCGUGAACCUCUCGUUCUCCUACGUGGAGGGCGAGUCCCUCCUCAUGGCGCUCAAGGACGUAGCCCUCUCCUCUGGCUCGGCAUGUACGAGCGCCAGCUUGGAACCGAGCUACGUCCUCCGGGCGUUGGGCGCGGCGGAGGACAUGGCACACAGCAGCCUGAGAUUCGGGAUUGGAAGGUUCACAACUGAAGCGGAGAUCGAUUUUGUCAUCGAUAGGAUCGUCGGCGUCGUCACCAAGCUUAGGGAUAUGAGUCCGCUUUGGGAGAUGGUACAGGAGGGAAUCGAUCUGGAGACGAUCGACUGGUCGCAGCAUUAAGUUGCGCCCAGCUGGUCUACCGUUGCACUCACCAAACGGCGGGCGACAAAAAGGCUGAGAACAAGGACCCUCGGUUCAGGCUUUUGGAGUGAGGGACGGGGGAGUAUAGACAGGUUAGGGCUCAC